UAAAGGUUUUAGGUGUGUUUCCAAUUUCAGGAGAGACGACCAAAGUUGUGAAUCAAUAACAGUUAUUUAGCUCUUGUUAGGCAAAUACAUUUAUGCAAACAAAAUGAGUACAGAUGACCUUAAAUUGACUGUUGGUCGUGGUGGGCGAGGAGCUGCUAUAUUAAAAGCACUACAGUCUCUACCACCAUACCCUGGCCAAACCUCUGGAAGUGUUGAGCAAGCAUCUGCACAGUAUCCUGAUUUUGCUUCAAGAGGUGCUGGUGUGCAAAUUGCUGGUGCCACUGCCCUCUCCUCACCACGUAGUGAUGUAAGUGUUACCAGUGCUGCUUCAUUUCGCAUUAGCCGAGGGGCAGCCAUCAGUCAGCUGAUACAGCAAAAAUCCGCCAUUGUAGCUCCAGGUGCUAGUAUAGCUGAAAUGAAAGAAAGGACUCGAAUAGAAUCAGGCAUGGCUAGAGGCUGUUCAGAGCUCUUGCAUGCUCAUUUCAUUGAGAAUCUUACUACUCAGCCUGGAGCUAAACCAUUGAAAUCUGCUUUUCAAGAAUUUGGUGAUACAUCAUCAUUAACUGAAAGUCUUCAGAAUUUGAGCACUAUAGAUUCUCAGGAUGAAGUAGUUGUCCGCCAGGGGAGUACAGGAGCAAAGUUGUCUGCAAUGUGCAAUUGGAUUAGACUACAUUGUGAAGAAAAUAAAGCUGUAUUUGAAUAUGAAGUUAAAUUUGAACCACAAAUUGAGAUACUUAACCUCCGUUUUCGCCUUUUUGACACACUUAGAGAUAAAAUCGGCUCGGUAAAAAGUUUUGAUGGAACUAUGUUGUGGCUUCCCUUUAGGCUACCAACUGAGGUUGCCUUAUACCAUGCUGCAAACCCUUCAACUGGGAAAACUGUAACACUAAAGAUACUUUACAAAAAGAAAACAGACAUGGACAAAUGUAUCCAGCUUUAUAACGUUCUUUUUAACCGAAUCAUGAAGGUGCUAAAAUUGGCUAGAGUCGGAAAAAACUACUAUGCUCCAGGAGAAUCUGUUCUUGUACCUCAGCACAAGUCGAAAAACGAGGAACAUCAAGCGAUUAUCACACUCCACGCUAUUUAUGUUUUGGGCGCACCACUCAUUCGAUCUAACAAUGUUAUUAAUCAACUGUUGCUGUGA